GACAGAGCAAAUUUAUUUGACCCAAAAUUCAUUAAAAAUCCUUCACCUGGCUUGACAAAGCGUCUUCUCGUCCUUGUCUGAUCCCAACAGCGAUCAUGUCGAACCAGCAGGUGGGCACGGUGUUCGAUCGUGUCAUCCAGGAGGUCUGUGAUGGCUCCCAGGUGGACUUCGAGGAAAGUGGUGUGGACCAGCAAACACUGUUAGAUUUGCGCAAGAGCUGGCAGAAGAAGCUCUCCUCAUUGGGUGUCGCUCACUUCCCUUGGGAUCCGCCGCCGCCGCAAGCCGCUCCCCCUCAAACACAAAAUAUCCUCCCUCCCACCGCAACUGUGCCGUCAAAUGCUCCUCGGCCUGGACCACCCCCUCAACCACAGCAUCAUGUUCCUCCUCCCCCUCCUCAACAGCAACCCAUCCCUCAGUCCGUCCCCGCUACGGCACCUCCGCUCCAAGCUCCUGCUCCGGUUGGGGCCGGCCCCAAUGCCAUGGGUCAACAACAACAACCUCACAUCAAGACCGAACCUGGCGUCAACGGUCAGCCUGGGAUGAUGCCGAUGAAUAAUAUGAUGAUGUCAAACUCCUCCAACCCACAGUCUGCUCAAGAACGGGCUGCCAAUAUGCUUCGUCAGCGUUACGGAGCUGCAGCCGCUAACUCAGUCAGUCAGCUGCAAGCACAGUCACAGGCCCAAGCAGCCAUGGCCAUACCUGGCCAGCCGCGCCCCCAACCUAUGCAGCAUGUACCCACCGGGCAGGCUCCACAGAUCAAGCAAGAACCGGGGUAUCCCCCUGUGUCUCAGCCCCCUGUCGGCAAUACUCAAACGGACGGUGCCGGUGAUGAUGCCUUGUCUGCAUGGAAGGCUGAGGUUGCACGGAGGCGGGAAGCUGCCGAACGCCAGGGAGGAGAAGGUGAUCGUCUCCUUCGUGACCAUCUCAGACAACAGAUGCUCCAAUUAGAAGGCGGUGGUCUGAUGCUGCCUCUCGACGAACAUGACUACUCAUCGAAGACAUCGACUCGUGGGCUGGUGGCUACCCAAGCAGAGCCAGUUGAUGUGUCAGCAGUUGCUGGUUCCUCAUCUCAUCCAGCCAAGGUCCUCGGUGCUCAAUUCGACGGCCCCGGUGGUGAUGAUGAAAGGGAUGAGGAUGAUGAGGAUGCCAUCAAUUCUGAUCUUGACGACCCUGAUGACCUUGUUGCUGAGGAUCAUGAUGCUGAAGAUGCCGUAGGCCAGGUCAUGCUUUGCACCUAUGACAAGGUUCAACGCGUGAAGAACAAGUGGAAGUGCACCCUCAAAGAUGGUAUCUUGACCACUGGUGGCAAGGAGUACGUCUUCCACAAAGGUCAAGGAGAAUUCGAGUGGUAGAUGUGCGUAAGCAUCAUCCAUUUACUCCGGAUAAAUCCCAGAACAUGUAUUCUCUUCUCCAUACCUCUUUCUAUGUUCUACUGGCCUCGUUUAUACUCAGCAUAUAAAAAUCCCAGAUCUGACUCAGGAUUCUAUGAGUAACGAAACCCAUAUCUGGUUCCUUUUUUCUUCUUCCAACUAUGUCUGGAUGGUCGGUGCAAGCGGAAAUUUGCCUCAAAUGACGAUUUGAUUUUCACGAAGUAAACAAACAACACCGGGAUUCCUGUUUCCUUUUCACUUUUUGUCCUUGAUUUUAACACCUUUUUUUUUUUCUUUACUUUCCUCAUACUCUUUGCUUCUUCCCCACAUUGGAUGUAUGUGGCGCUUAUGAGGUGGACGGCGGUUCCUUUUCAAGUUCAAGCUGUACUAGAAUAACAUAUCUGAA